CACACGCCAAACCACCAGCUGCUGCAAAAAGCUUUAUUGUUUCCACUUGGUCCAAGGCUUGGGAGAGGGCUCCAGGGUGGUUAAAAAGCUGUCUCGUGGCUGCAGGGAGAGGCUGAGGCACAAACUCUGGCACCAGGGGGCUGUCAGAGGGGCCCCCUCAAAGGCUGCUGGUCUCCACCUAGUCGUGCUUGAGAGUGAGCCUCUCGAAGAGAUACUCGCCCAGUCCAGCCUGGGGGCCGGCCAGCCUGCGGAGGUUAGUCAGGUGGUCGCCCAUCUUCUUGAUGAGUUUCACCUCCUCAUCUAGGAAGUGGUUCUCCAGGAAGUCACAGAGCUGAGUGACAGAAGAGGAGAAAACGUUGGCCACUUAUGCAUCCACAGUGUGACAGAUGGGGAAACGAGGCUCAAAGGGAAAUUUGCCCAAUUAAAUGUGGAUGAAAGGAGUACUUACAUGGGGGUCUGCGCGGGCAGAACCCAGGGCAUGCAGAUCCAAAAGGGCCUGGUUCAGGCUCUUCUCCAGAACCAGGGCAGCUUCCAUGGCGUCCAGGGUUUUCCCCCACUCAUCUUGGGACGGCUUCUGUACAGAGGACAGAGGGCUCAGGACUAGCUAAAUAGACCGCAAAAGCGUCCAAGGGCUUGCCUCCAUCACGCCCAGGCUCCUACAACCACCCAUCCCAGGAGACCCCGUUGCGGUGUGGACAGCUACGUCUUCGGGAAAGUGCGCGCGCCUCCAUUUUGCGCCGCACAAGAGUGAACACAAUCGUCCAGAAGCCCACGCGGGGCCUACACCGCUACGGUCAAGGCGCUGGGCGCGCGCACGGACUACCGGGACCUGUAGUCCGCCGCCCGCACACUACCUACCUGGACGUCCUGGAAGAGGGCGCGGCCGCCACGCUGGUUUUGCAUCUUCAAGAGACGCUCGGCGCCCUCGCGCUUCUCCUCAGCCAACUCGCGGAAGAAGUGGCGCACGCCUUCCAGAGCCACAUCGUCACGGUCGAAAUAGAAGCCCUGCGGGAUGGGAAGCGCGAAAAAUGGUUAGCGGGAAGAAAGGCCGCCCAGGAGCCCGGACUCCGCCCUCCGACUACCCUACGGGACAAAGGCGGCCAGCGCGUGCGCAGAGAGCCGGAGCUUGUGACUCCACCAUCUGCAAACAUGGCUUCCAUCUCAUGGUGUAAGACGGACACGCCAAUGCCCAACACCACGUCUCUACUCCAGUACCAGCAGCGGCUCUUCGAGAAGAAGCAGCGGCGGAAGCGCCAAGAGCCCCUCAUGGUUCAGGCCAAUCCCGACGCUUCCCUGCGGCCCCGGCGACCAUGGAGGCGGGAGGAGCGCCUCGCGGGUGACAGGGGCCUUGGGAACCCUUUCCUCCAGGAGUACAUGCCAGAGGCACAUCUGCACUCUGGUGCCCACAGUGCCCUGGGCAUCGUGAGCUGCGGUGGAGACGGCAGCGGUGAGCGUGGCCCACUGGCAUCGCCGACAGAAGGAGACAGUUCCGAUCCGGAGUUGGAGGAAGUCUUCGUGGAGGAUGUUCCUGCUUCUCCACCUCCUUAUAAAGAGCCUCCGGGGACUCGACGCAGGGGUUGGCCAGCCCGCCAACGACCUGGGGCCAGUGCGGAGGAAGAGAGUGAAUCCCAAGAUGUUGGAGAUGAAUAUGAGGCAGCCAGUCCAGAACCAAACCCUGGCAUGGAUGGUGACCUGGGACGUGGAGACUUAGCCUCCAACAAGGGCGAAGACUUGGCAGAGAAGAAAGAGGAGUCGGAGUCUACAGUGAGGAACUCCCCACCGGCAGCCGAAGAGGAGGUGUCCGAGACCCCGGAAGGCGAGGUCGGCGCGGGCAGCAGCGAGCACUUCCUCCUGGCUGGGCGCAAGAGAAAAAGGAGCACAACCUCGAAUUACCUCAUUUCCCUGGACCCCAAAGACCUGUCUCGGGAUGGGGACAACUUUGUGGGCAAAGUCAGAUCUAAUGUCUUGGGCACCAAGUUCACCAUCUUUGACAAUGGGGUGAAUCCUGAAAGGAAGAAUUUCGUCCCGGAGACCGCUCGCAUCAGAGAGGAGCUGGGGGCUGUGUGUUAUGAGACCAACGUCUUGGGAUUCGGAGGGCCCCGGAAAAUGACUGUGAUCAUUCCAGGAUUCGAUUCCCAGAACCGGAGAAUCAGCGUCCAGCCUCAAAACCGGACUACCUGGUGCUCCAGUUCGGCCGCGUGGCCGCAGACACGUUCGCCAUGGAUUUCCGCUUCCCGCUUUGCCCGCUCCAAGCCUUUGCCGUCUGCUUGUCCAGUUUCGGUGGCAAGCUGGCCUGUGAGUAAUCCAAUGAAAUACCAUGCCCUCACCAGCUUCUGUGCCUGCUCAUUUGGAGAAAGGGCCCCCGCAUGCCUUCUUUUGCUCCACCUUACUCAUAACCAACCCAUCAUACUCUGCCUGGGUGCCCACAGUCCUGUGCUCCAGGGGAGUAGGGUUUUCAGCAGCACCUGCUUUCACGGGACUCACAGUCAUGGGAGCUGGGUCUUAACAAAAAAUUAAAAUGCGCCUCUGCAACGAAGGAGAAAAGCACGCGGAGGCACAGGUCAGCUGGGUCAGAUCAAGGUAUCCCUAAAAAAGUGAUUUCCACACCACAUCUGAAGAAUCACGAGAAACCAGGACCAGAGGGGUCAGGGGUGGGAACAUCAGGCAGUAGGCACAGCUCAUACAAAGGUCUUAAGGUGAAAAGGGGCUUGAUGGGUUUGGGAAAAUGAAAGGAUAGUGUGGCAGGAGCCUGGGGAACCACUGGAGAGGGGCAGGGUCAGAGGCUCGACAGGGGGCAGGAUAUUUGAGCCACUCUUCUUCCAGCUGCUGGAUAGAUCUCAUGGGGUCAGAAAAGACUUCUGAGUUGGAGAUGUAAACUUGGAUGGGUAAUUCAAGACAUGCAUGGGUGAGAGUGAGAAUAAUUACAAUACUAGCUACACUUAUCUAACAUUUGUUAUUUGGCAAGCAUUGUGUUUUUUUUUUAAUUUUUUAUUGUUAUGUUAAUCCCCAUACAUUACAUCAUUAG